UUAAUUAUUGUCAGUAUUGUCAAUUGUCAUUUGUCACCUUCAGCAAGCAGUAGGAAUACUAGGAACAGUAGGAACAAAAUAAUAAAUAAUAUUUCUUACCUUAAGUAAUUUGUAUUUUAAUUUGUAAAUAGGACAUUAUGUUCUAUACGUAAUCAUUCUACGUCAAUUAUUCUUAUAUUCACCUAUAGGUACAAUUUAAAAAUAAGAAUACUCUAAAUCUAAAGAUUAAGAAUUUAAUACUUACCAAUUUGAGUGAUCUAUCAAAAAAAUAAUGUCUGAGGAAGAUAAAAUUGAAGACUUUGCAUGUGUAGAAGAAUCUCCCAAAAGAGGACCAACUCUUUCGACUAGUACUAGUAGUUUUGAACGUAAUGAUCCUCAUGAUCCUAAUUUAAGCUUAUUAUCCACUAAAAUGUUUGAAAAAACAUCUGAAUAUUUGAUGGGAGAACUUAACAUUACUGAGGAGGAUUAUAAAUUGUUAGAAACCAUGAAUAAAGUCACUAUGCAAAAAUAUGCAUCUUAUAGACAAAUUGCUUCAGAUGUUGGAAGACAAAUCAACGAACUAAAUGAAAAAUAUAAAUYGUUAGAACCAUACCUUUCUCAAAUUGACCAGAUUGAAGAUAGUGUGUCAAAGCUAGAACAAGCUGCGUUUAAAUUGGAUGCUUAUGCCAAGAGAUUGGAAGCAAAAUACAAGAGUUUAGAAAAACGACAAUAAUUUUAAUCUUACAUAAUAUAUUACUUUGUAUUCUGUUAUGAAUGUAUACAUAUUAUAUUACUUGGUGAGGGAUUGUUCUACCAUAUGUGACGUGUGUCUCAUAAGACACAGCAGUUUAUGUAUGUGAAUCCAAUAUUAAGAAGAUGCUACACACAUAUUUGUUGUCUCUGUCUUACAGGUGUGUAACAGUGCAACAUAGCAAAUUUAUACUUAGUAGAUCACAUUUAACUACUCUGCUAAUUUAAAAAUUAGAAUUAAUUGGCCUAUUAUGAAACUUGAUGGUAAGAACAUUAUUUGUGUUUGUAUGUGGGUUUUUUACGAUAACUUAGUUUUAAAGUGAACUAUGAGCAUUUUUAAUUUAAGUUUUAUACACGCGUAACUGCUACGUUAUUUAGCUAUUGUAAAAAACUCACAGAUAAUAUACUUAACAUCAAGUUUCAUAAUAAGUCGAUUCACUUUAAUUUUUAAAUUAACAGAGCUAAACGUGAACUGCUGAGCG